UUUAUAAAACCUCUUUAAUUUCGAAUUCGUAUUUUUCAUCGAAGUGAAAAAUAUUAAAAAUAAUUAAAGUAAUGCGUUUAAACUCAGCAUAUAUUUUUAAAUCAUCUUAUGAAAUACAAGCAACAUUGCAUUAUUACGAAAUUCAAGUGAAUGAAGAGACUAUAAAAGCUAAUAGCAAAAAUUUAUGAUCAUUAUAAAAGUUUGUGAAGGACAAAGAAUAGAAAAAAGUUAAAUUAAAUUAUUUAGUGGUGUUAUAAGCGAUCUUUAGUCAAUCUAUAUAUAUUUCAUUAUCUAUUGUGCGUAAAUUAGUGUGAAUUGUUAAGUUAAAAUGCCGAAAAAUAACAGAAAAUCCAAAGCACAUCAUCAAGUCGCAAAUGACUUGUCCGAUGAAGAUAAUUCAAAUGAUGCUGCAUCAGUUUAUUCCUAUCAAUCUGAUCACAAUCCAGGUGAGAGUGUUGAGGACGUCCCAGAGAAUUCGAUCGACAAAUAUGAAGACAAGCUGAUGCAAGCUAUUGAAAAUGCAUCAGAAAAAUCACAACAGACUCGUACAGCAGCAUUACAAUCCAUGUCUGAAAUAUUUAUGCAUAAUUGUUUGUAUGACUUUCUGGAUGAACGAAGAGUUACAGUCCUGGAUAUAAUUGAGAAGUCAUUAAAACGUGGAAAGGGUCAAGAACAAGCAAUUGCAGCAAGAUUGGCUGCUCUUUUGUUGAUACAAUUGCAAGGCGAUGAAGAUAUCGCAAAAACUUUAACUCCUUUAUUAACCCAUAUUGUUCUCGACAAAUCAACAACAUCAGAAGCACGUUCAAAGAGUUGCUUGUCACUGGCACUAAUGCAAUUUUUGAGUGGAGAAGACAGUGUCAGAGAUACAAUUCCUUUAUGUCAAACGUUUGAAGGAAUUUUCUCGGAAAGUUAUUUAAAAGGAGAUAGUUCACCAAGUGCAGCAACACAAGACAUAGCCAGUUUACAUGCCGCAGCAUUAGGAUCUUGGGCACUUUUAUUAACACUUAUAUCUCCAUCUGAUAUUGUCUCACUUAUUCAAACAAAACAAAUUGGUUCAUUCAAAAAUAUCAUGGGAUUAUUAAAGUCACAGCAUUUGGAUGUAAGAACAACAGCAGGAGAAGCAAUUGCAUUGUUAUUAGAAUGUGGACGCAUUCAUGAUGAAGAUUUCCUUGAAGAAUAUAUUGAUGAUUUAGUUGAAGUCACAAAGCAAUUGUCAACAGACUCACAGAAAUUCCGAGCAAAACGUGAUCGCAAGCAACAAAGAGCCACAUUCAGAGACGUCUUACAUUACAUCGAAGAAGAAGUCUUUCCAGAUAUUCAAAUACAAGUUGGAGCCGGAAUUACCAAGGACACUCUUACAAUAGAUUCUUGGACCCUUCAUCAUCAAUACAACUCAAUUUGUAAUGCACUCGGAUCUGGCAUGAAUUUCCAUCUUUUUGAAAACGAUUUAUUACGUGAUGUGUUCAGUAUGGGCGAACGAUUGGAUUCAACACAGAUAUCCAAUGCAAAACUUAGUAAAUCUGAGAAGAAAGCUAUUCAAGCUGCAAGUUUUAAGGCACGAACAUUGACGCGAGGAAGAAAUCGCGAUAAGCGAAGUGCUGUAGUAAAUUAAAUACAACAACUUUAUCCAUAUAUUUUUUCUUUUCUUGAUCAACAAACCUAUAUUCUCUAUUUUUAUGAAUUUCAUCCUAAAAUUUCAAAACGAGGAAAUUUAUUUCUUUAAUCGUUUCCCCGCUUUUCAUUUACACAUUUAUAUAAUAUUUAGAUUAAAACAAGCAGUUGAAUUUUUUGUUUUUGAUAAUUUUUUGUGAUUUUUUUAUUGAGUUUUUUGAAGUUAAAUCAAUAAUAAAUAUAUAGUGAAAUAUUGCAGCAA